CGAUCGUUGCCAUUUAAAAUGGACUCAGGUUGAAUUGAUUUGUCCUCUCACUCCCUGUCUACGCUCUGCAGUGUCAUCGAUCACUCCACUCGCUGCCGCUCUGCUCAUCACACACUUCUGGCUGGCUGGCUGGCUGGCUAGCUACGGAGCUCGCCUUGGUCGCUCGCCUCGCCUGGCUCCACUCCACUCCUCCUCCACUAGCCUUCCGUUGCUCGCUCCAUCUCCCAAGAGACAACCCGCUUCGCUUGUCCUCUUCCUUCCGCGUCCGCCGAGGCCACGCACAUGGCGCUGCCUCUGCCACCCCCCUUGUUCUUCCUCCUCCUGGGAAUGCUCAUGCUCGCCUCCCGGGCACCGGCGCAGCAGCCGGCCACGCUGCACGAGCGCGACGCGGCGGCGCUGCGUGACCUCCGGGCCAGCCUGCGCGACCUCCCGGGCUCCCGCUUCUUCGACUCCUGGGACGACACCCGGAGCCCCUGCGCGUACGCCGGCGUCGUCUGCGCGCCCGACGACGCCGACGACACCUCCUCCUCCUCCUCCUCCAGUACCGUCCUCCGCGUGUCCGUGCUCACCCUGGGCACGGGGCUCGCCGACUCCCCGGGUCUAACCGGCACACUCCCGGACUCCCUCUCCACGCUCGCCGCGCUCACGGACCUCGUCCUAUACCCAGGCCGCGUGACGGGUCCCAUCCCGUCGGGCCUCGGCGCGGGUCUCCGCCGCCUCCGCCUCCUCUCGCUGGCGGGCAACCAGCUGACGGGCGCCGUGCCGGCCUCCCUCGCGGGGCUACCGGACCUCCACACGCUCGACCUCGGCGGGAACCGCCUCGACGGCGCCGUCCCCGCCGGACUGCUCCUUCCCGACUCGCCUAGCCUCAAGGUGCUCAUCCUCGCCAACAACGGCGGGAUCUCCGGGGAGAUUCCCGACGGGUUCGCGAGCUCCGGGCUCUUCCACGUCGACCUCGCGAGGAACGCGCUCGCGGGGGGAUUACCGCCGUUGCCGGCCACGUUACGGUACUUCUCCGUCGCUGGCAACGCAAUGCAGGGCACCCUCGACGGCGCCUUUGGCGGCGGUGGUGACGGCGGUUCUGCUUCUGCCAGUCCACCGCCACCCCUACCCGCCGACCUGGCGUUCUUGGACCUGUCCAUGAACAACUUCUCGGGCCCCAUCCCGUCGUCGGUGUUCGGUCUCCCGAGCCUGUCGUCGCUGCUCCUGUCGCGGAACAACUUCACGGGCGCGCUGUCCGUGCCGGCGCCGCCGUCAUUGGAGUGGGCGGUGGUGGACGUGAGCCACAACGGCAUCUCGGGCGAGGUCCCGGAGGCGCUGGCGGCGGCGGGGAGCCUGUACGUGAACAACAACCGGCUGUCCGGGGAGGUGCCGGCGGCGGUGGCGCGCAGCGUGCUGGCGGGGCGGAUGACCACGCUGUACGCGCAGCACAACUUCCUGACGGGGUUCCCCGUGCCGCCCGAAGCGCCGCUGCCGGACUCCGCCGCGCUCUGCCUCUCCUACAACUGCAUGGACCUGCCGUCGGCGUCGGCAGCCGACGGAUGUCCCACCAUCGGUGGCCCACUCGAGGCCAGGCCCGCCGAGCAGUGCCGGAGCACCACCAGCAACGGAGGAGGCGGCGACGGCUGACGAGCUGAGGCCUGAGCCUGAGAUGUGACAGGACAGGUGGGGCGCGCACGCUCGCGGCACGGCACCCCGGCACGUCCACGUCCACGGGCGGCGGUGGUUGGCGUCCUCGUCUUGUCCUGGGGACGGACACUCACACCAGCACCAGGCUGGCUCUCGCGUCGCGUCGCUCCUUUGUCCGCUUGUUUUCGCUGGAAGGAAAGGAGUAACCUGUAGUAACUGUAGGUCGUCCGUCGUGUGAUUGGGAUUAAUUUUGGGUUUGGGUUUGUUUCAAGUUUCAACGCGGACGGAUUUGUCGUCCCGCGCCCGCGCCAACGGUCACAGGGGAACGCUUCUUGUGUGCUACUAGUGCUACUCCCUCCAUCCUUGACAGUGUCUUUCAAAUUACAUUUUUAACCAUUUAUAUUAUAGUAUUGUUCAUACUUAUAAAUU